AUGGAAUGGUAUUUCCAAAAUGGGAAUGUUGAAAAAGCUGCGUGUUUGUACAAUGAAAUGCCUCCCCGUGAUUUGUUUUUGUAUAACACUAUGAUUUCAGGGUUGAUGCAGGCACGGAAUGUUGAAGGUGCUAAAGUGAAUUUUGAAUCUAUGGAGCAUCGAGAUGUCGUGACAUGGAAUUCCAUGAUCCCAGCGGGUAAUGCCCCUAACAGGUUUUUGGAUGAAGCACUUGAGGUAUUAGCGGCUAUGCGUAUAAAAGAUGUUUCUUGGAAUCUUAUCAUUGUUGGUUUGUUGCCAUAUUGUGAUGCGACUGCAAGGAAUGCUACAAUAUUUGGACCAGGAAAAAAUGAGCAUGGUGAAGAUGCAAUAAAAUUGUUUAUUGGAAUGAAAGAGGAAGGAGCAUUAUUGGAUGAAGCUACUUUUACAAGUAUAGUUACUUCAACAUGUAAUUUAGGAGUGGGAACUUGGACUCCUGUGCUGGAAUUUUCUAAUGUUCUGAAUCGUGAUGUCAUUUCUUGGAAUUCUGUAAUAUGUGGAUUAGCCUUCCAUGGGCAUAGUAAAAGAGCUUUUGAGAAAUUAGUUGUUUGA